AUACUAGAGGGUGUUAGCGCAGUGCUUCACAACACGCAGGAAAUACUAGAGGGUGUUAGCGCAGUGCUUCAGAAGUCGCAGGAGAUACUAGAGGGUGUUAGCGCAGUGCUUCAGAAGUCGCAGGAG